AUGGCUGCCCCCACAGCAAAUGUGCCUGUCUCAAAGCACAGCGGAAUCUCUCGCCGAGAGGAUGCCUCCGUCUUUGCCUGCGAGCACAUCAAGUGGGAUGUCCCCUGCCACAUCUUUGAGUUGACUCCCAACAACUGUUACAACAAGAUUAGUGCCAUCAAGAACAACAACAAGAAUGCCUUCAAAUGCAGAUGGUACCUGAAUCGGGACUGCCAGGGAAGCAGCUACGACACCCAGGAGGAUCAGAAGCUCAACGAUGGAAACGGCAACUUCAACGACUCAUCAGCUCUUGGAAGUGUUGCCACAAGGGAGGCUGCUUCGGCAACCGUCAACGCCGAGAUCAAGGCCCAUGUGCAACGGAAAUCUAUCCGUGCCAGGGGCAAGGAAGUGCCUGUUGAUGGUCAGUGGAAGAAGUAA